AUGUUCAGAAAGAUCCAUUCAAUCUUUCACCCCAGCUCCCAUAGGAGGAAUCUGGCUGAUGAUAUCCCUUGCUAUGAUGGCGCAGGCUCUGCUGUAAGGCUGAUCCGCAGCACCUCUAUGUACACUCUUGGAGGGGAGCAGCAGAGACUCAAUGAAUCCUUGAAAAAAUGCAAAAGUACCACCAGUAUAGAUGCAUGUGCAUACUUCCCACAGAAAGAGGAAGACAGGGCCUGGAUGUACUCCAAGACUCAACAUUGCUUACAGUACUUACAGGAUCUAUUAGCUUUGAGAAAAAAAUACCUUGACAGCAUCAAUGACUUAAAAUCCAUGAACAUGACAUCAGAAAUUUCUCCGGUGUCAACGAAAUCCUCCAAAACAGGGGAAAGCACUCCUAUUGAUGCAAUGCCGAGGGCAGUUUGAAACUCUACCCCUAAAAGAGUCCCACAGCCCAAUUCAGAUGUAAGAGAGGCAAUAGCUUUCUUGGACUCAGUGAUUGCAGAUCUGGAUGCAGAGAGAUCGCAGAAAGUUCCUGUGACAGAUCUCCCAAACGUGGAUGUUGACUUUGAUGUUGCUACCAGCACUCGUGAGCACAGUUUACAUUCAAACUGGAUUCUCCGUGCCCCCCAGAGGCACUCCCAAGAUGCCUUGCAAAUAGAGGCAGCAAGCCAGUCUAAAAGAAACAGCCAAAGAAGAACAACUGGCUCCAGAAAGAGAUUGGAAAGAUAUCCAAUUUAUUUACCCAAAGCUGUGGAAGGGGCAUUCAGCACUUUAAAAUUUAAACCAAAAUCAUGUAAGAAGGACUAAGGUGCUUCUAAGAAGGUGCUUUUACCUUAG